GACAGAUGAUAUUUUAAUGUGUGCUUCGUUAUAAAACUGACAUCUAGCAACAGCUUGAACCCACUGGACUUCUCGAAAAUCUAAUUUUUUACUACUGCUAGUUAUAAAAAUAUUGAAAAUUGGAUUAGUUGACAUUCCAGCGGGUCACCUGACCUAUAACUAGACGCAAUGGCUGCUAUUGAAGUUGAAUCGUACCCACGUCGGUCGCCAAAAUAUUUGUCUGGAGAACCCUCCAGGAAAGUCAAGCGUGAAGCUGAAAAAGGGACUUUGGAUCCUACUCCUCCUCUAACUGAUGGGAUAAAGAAUUAUUAUAUGAAUAAGAUCGAUGAACAUCAAUUUAUAUACACCGAAAAAGUUCUCAACUUAAGGCGACUGGAGGCUCAACGAAACGAGUUAAACGCUAAAGUUCGGAUGCUUCGAGAAGAGUUGCAGCUGUUACAGGAACAAGGUUCAUUUGUUGGAGAAGUUAUAAAGGCUAUGGAUAAAAAGAAAGUGCUGGUCAAAGUACAACCCGAAGGGAAAUACGUUGUGGACAUCGACAAAAACAUUGAAAUGUCUCAGAUAUCUCCGAAUUGCCGUGUGGCUCUCCGAAGCGAUAGUUACACGUUGCAUAAAAUUUUGCCAAGCAAAGUUGAUCCCCUUGUGUCUUUAAUGAUGGUAGAAAAGGUUCCGGACUCUACUUAUGAGAUGAUUGGAGGCCUUGAUAAGCAGAUCAAAGAAAUUAAAGAAGUCAUUGAGCUUCCUGUAAAACACCCAGAGCUUUUUGAUGCCCUAGGAAUAGCACAGCCUAAAGGCGUGUUAUUAUAUGGACCCCCAGGUACAGGAAAAACCUUGUUAGCUCGUGCCGUUGCCCACCAUACUGAAUGUACAUUUAUUCGUGUCAGUGGUUCUGAACUUGUUCAAAAAUUCAUCGGAGAAGGAGCUAGAAUGGUUCGUGAGUUGUUCGUUAUGGCGCGAGAACAUGCACCUUCCAUAAUUUUCAUGGAUGAAGUUGAUUCGAUUGGAUCCACCAGAUUAGAAAGUGGCACAGGGGGAGAUAGUGAAGUUCAACGAACUAUGUUGGAGCUGCUUAAUCAGUUGGACGGGUUUGAACCCAAACAAAACAUAAAAGUUAUCAUGGCGACAAAUCGUAUUGACAUACUUGAUUCAGCUCUUCUGAGACCUGGCCGAAUUGAUCGGAAAAUCGAAUUUCCUGCUCCAAAUGAGGAAGCUCGAUUAGAUAUCCUGAAAAUACAUUCUCGAAAGAUGAACUUGACUAGAGAUAUCGACCUGCGUAAGCUAGCAGAAUCAAUGCCUGGUGCCAGCGGUGCAGAAGUCAAAGGAGUGUGUACGGAAGCCGGUAUGUAUGCGUUACGAGAACGUCGGGUUCAUGUUACGCAGGAAGAUUUUGAAUUAGCAGUUGCUAAGGUGAUGCAAAAAGAUUCUGAGAAAAAUGUAUCCAUCAAGAAACUGUGGAAAUAAGGCUUUAAAUUUACUUGUUUUAUAUAACUAAACAGUACCUUUUUUUGUAAAAACGUUACGGGUAUAUUCUGUUUUCAUUCUUUAUCUACCUGUUCACAGUUAAGUGAACACAUUUUUUCCAGUUAUUUAGAUCGCUCCCAUAAACUGCUUUAUUUUUAGUAACUAGGGUUUUGUUCUAAUUAUGUAAAUUGUAGGUAAUUAAUACUCAGACGUUUUUAUUUUAUUGCUACGUAAUUAUCCAUGUAGAUCUAUUCUAUCACUCAUGUCAUAAACAAAAAUUUGUAGGUGCAAUUUGGUAAUUUAGUGUUUGAGACCUAAAAAUAUCAUUGGGUUCAAAUGUUCA